CUACCUGUUGCCAAAAUCCGCGAGACACAAUGGCGGCCGGAUUUCGUCCUUACGAACAUCAGGACUCCCCCUCUAACCUUACAAAUAGCGAGUCACCGGGAAUUAGCAUGUCAGUCGUCCGGAGAACGGAGCCGCCGCUGUACUUUCAUCCGCAGACCUCUGUGAUCCUGCCAACCGUUCAGUAUUCCCAUCCAUAUCACCAUUAUCUGAGUCAAUUUGCACCGAACUUUGUGCCCUACUACUAUCGCCUGCUCUCGCGUCCCAUAAUGAAGCAGGAGGAGAUGGACAUCGAGAACUACAUCAACUACGAGGUGGCCUCCCAGCAGACCAUGAUGCGGCAGAGGUCCAUGAAGCCGCUGGGGCAACUGCAGAUCCAAAUGCCGCCGCCCAUAAGGGUUAAGCAACCAAUUCCUGUAAAGCCCAUCCCAGUUCGCCGCAGUUCCCCACCCAAACGUCGCGUGAUCAAUGCCCAACUGGUGGCCAUAGCCACAUCAUCCGGUGGCAUCAAGAACAUAGAACCCAGGGUAGAACCCCUGCCCGCCGUGGAGGAAUCCUUCAAGCAACAGGUGGCCAAAGUCCAGAAGAGUCAGCAUCACUAUGAACAGCUCUUCGGGCGCCUAACCACCAUGCUAAAGACUCUGAAUCAGCGAUACGAUAACGAUGCCGAGGAUGUGCCGGCUCCACCUUCGAAGAGACCCCGUCACAUGUCCACCAGCUCCUCGGCAUCGUCGCAUCUCCAGGAUACGGGCUCCGAAAAGGACGAGAAGGAUGCCUCCGUUCAGUAUCCACAGCGUGUGCAGAAGGAGGAUGGCAAUGCUGUGUACAUACUCGGUCCAAAUGGCACCCAAAUCACAGCGAAUCAAUAUGGAGAAGUCUUCUGGACCAAUGCCCCGGUGGCCACGAGAUGCCUCCUCUGUGUGGUCUUCAGCAGCGAUGAGUUGGCCACUCACACGCUCACUGGGAAGCCCUCACCCGCUUUCUAUGGUCGCGAAAGACCGCCGAAGCUUCAGCUCGAUCAGCGCAAAGUGGAUGAUAUUGUAGUCUGCGUUAGAAACCGAACGGGCGGCAAGGAGCGGGUGAUCCGGGCCACCAUAACUACGAAGUGCGCGGAUACUGCGAAGAAAUAUAAGCGACGGGCCAAGAAGGCCCAGAAGGUGGCCAUCAAGGAGGAAUAUUAGUGGCUAGAUAAAAUCCGG